AUGCUGGAGGAAGCGGGCGAGGUGCUGGAGAACAUGCUGAAGGCGUCGUGCCUGCCGCUCGGCUUCAUCGUCUUCCUGCCCGCCGUGUUGCUGCUGGUGGCGCCGCCGCUGCCCGCCGCCGACGCGGCGCACGAGUUCACCGUCUACCGCAUGCAGCAGUACGACCUGCAAGGGCAGCCCUACGGCACACGGAAUGCAGUGCUCAACACGGAGGCGCGAACCAUCGAUGCAGACGUGUUGAGUCGCCGCUGCGUGCUCAUGCGGUUGCUAGACUUCUCCUAUGAGCAGUACCAGAAGGCUCUGCGGCAGUUGGCUGGUGCCGUGGUCAUCAUCCUGCCACGGGCCAUGGCUGCCGUGCCCCAGGACGUCAUUCGGCAAUUCAUGGAGAUUGAGCCUGAGAUGCUGGCCAUGGAGACCAUUGUUCCUGUGUACUUCGCUGUGGAAGAUGAGGCCCUGCUCUCCAUCUAUGAGCAGACCCAGGCUGCCUCUGCCUCCCAGGGCUCCGCCUCUGCUGCUGAGGUGCUGCUCCACACUGCCACUGCCAAUGGCUUCCAGAUGGUCACCAGCGGGGUCCAGAGCAAGGCCUUGAGCGACUGGCUCAUCACCAGCGUGGAGGGACGGCUGACGGGUCUGGGUGGAGAGGACCUGCCCACCAUCGUCAUUGUGGCUCACUACGAUGCCUUUGGAGUGGCUCCCUGGCUGUCACAUGGCGCAGACUCCAACGGCAGCGGCAUCUCCGUGCUGCUGGAGCUCGCCCGCCUCUUCUCCAGGCUGUACACCUACAAGCGCACCCAUGCUGCGUAUAAUCUCCUGUUCUUUGCGUCUGGAGGGGGCAAAUUUAACUAUCAGGGGACCAAGCGCUGGUUAGAAGACAACCUGGACCACACAGAUUCCAGCCUGCUCCAGGACAACGUGGCUUUCGUCCUCUGCCUGGACACCGUGGGCCGAGGGAACAGCCUCCACCUGCACGUGUCCAAGCCGCCCAGGGAGGGGACGCUGCAGCACGCCUUCCUGCGGGAGCUGGAGAUGGUGGCUGCUCACCAGUUCCCGGAGGUGCGCUUCUCGAUGGUGCACAAGAAGAUCAAUCUGGCAGAGGACAUCCUGGCCUGGGAGCACGAGCGCUUCGCCAUCCGCCGGCUGCCUGCCUUCACCCUGUCCCACCUGGAGAGCCACCGCGACGGCCAGCGCAGCAGCAUCAUGGACGUGCGGUCCCGGGUUGACUCUAAAACCCUGACCCGCAACACAAGGCUCAUUGCAGAGGCCCUGACUCGAGUCAUCUACAACCUGACUGAGAAGGGGACGCCCCCGGACAUGCCCGUCUUCACAGAGCAGAUGCAGAUCCAGCAGGAACAGCUGGACUCGGUGAUGGACUGGCUCACCAACCAGCCCCGGGCUGCCCAGUUGGUGGACAAAGAUGGCACGUUCCUCAACACACUGGAGCACUACCUGAGCCGCUACCUGAAGGAGGUGAAGCAGCACCACAUCAAGGCUGACAAGCGGGACCCCGAGUUUGUCUUCUACGACCAGCUGAAGCAGGUGAUGAAUGCCUACAGGGUCAAACCGGCCAUUUUUGACCUGCUCUUGGCAGUCUGCAUCGGCGCCUACCUCGGCAUGGCCUAUACGGCGGUCCAGCACUUCGACCUCCUGUACAAAACAGUUCAGAGACUACUCCUGAAGGCCAAGACGCAGUGA